GUAGGCAGCAGUCCGCUCCGCUCAUCGGACAGGAAUCUGGGGGUAGACUGAGGAGAACUGUCCGCCUAUUUGAAGAGGGAAAUAAUCCGCUAUGUUGGGUUGAAGAAACUGCACGCGGCGACAAAUCUGGAAGGACGGUACAAGGAGACGACGCGUUGGGAUAUUUCAUUCAUUUAUUCAUUCAUUCAUUCAUUGGCUAAGAAAGGUGAAGUUCUCCCAAAUGGAAGUUGAAUGUCUCGCACUGAAAGACCUCUCCAGUCCCAGGAGAAGUUUCACGGUGGAGCCAGGGGAGGAUGGGGGCCAAAGUGAACAAAAGGAAAAUAUAUACACAGAGAGGAGAAGAACCACGCCUCUGAAAGCUGCAGAGUCCAACAUCCCGGCCGUGUUAAUUAACAGACCCGACCUGGCCCACAUCACCCCCAUCAAACACACAACUCCGGCCGAGCCCUGGACGCCAACAUCCAACCUGAAGAUGCUGAUCAGCGCGGCUAGCCCCGACAUCCGGGACAGAGAGAUGAAAAAGGUGCUUUUUAGACCGAUGGAGAACGACAAAGAGCAGCCGACAAGCCCCAGCGCUGUGGUGGUGGAGGAGGCGGAAGUGGAUGAUUCUUGUCAGUUUGAAGCUGUGGAUGAAGAAGACGACUCAGAGAAGAAGCCGAGCAGGAAGCAGAAAAGUCUGGGUCUCCUUUGCCAGAAGUUUUUAGCUCUUUACCCAGACUACCCACCACUUCACAGCUCCAUCUGGAUCUCACUGGAUGAGGUGGCAACCAAUCUGGGAGUGGAGCGGCGGCGUAUUUACGACAUUGUGAACGUGCUGGAGUCGCUCAUGAUUGUGGGCCGGAUGGCCAAGAACAGCUACACCUGGUACGGCCGUCAGCGUCUGGAGGCCACGCUGGAGGACCUGCAGCGGAAGGGCAGGGAGCAAGGCUAUCACCUCCAGAUGGAGAUGGCCACUGAAGCCAGGGAGGCCGGAGCGGCCCGCGACGACGAUGGAGGGGAGGGGGACCCCGGCAACGCCGGCAUCAACAGGAAAGACAAAUCUCUACGCAUCAUGAGCCAGAAGUUCGUCAUGCUUUUCCUGGUCUCCAAGACUCAGACCGUCACUCUGGACGCAGCGGCAAAGAUCCUCAUUGAGGAGAGUCAGGACUCCUCAAGCCACAGCAAGUACAAAACUAAGGUACGACGUCUGUACGACAUUGCCAACGUGCUGACCAGCCUGAACCUCAUAAAGAAGGUCCAUGUCAGAGAGGAGAGAGGCAGGAAGCCGGCCUUCAAGUGGCUCGGCCCGGUUGAAUUCAGCAGCUCUGGAAGCGCUGGAAACCCUUUGAAUGUAGCAUCCAUCUCCCAGCCUGAGCCCACGCAGGACUGCAGAAGAGCGAAGAUGGCGCGCCACGCCUCCUUCAACGUCAGGCCGACUUCUGUGGCUGUCCAGCGGCAGGUCAGCUCUGCACCCAGCAGCCCACGACGUGAACUACUGGGUCUGUCAAACCAGCCUGUGGAUUUUUCCAGGAGGUCCGUGAGCAACAGCGCAGUGUGUCGACUGCAGUUUGAAAAUACCACUGACUGCCGUCCCGGCGUGCCGCCGAAGACCGAGCUCAGACUGAGCAGCAGCAGCAGCCCCAUGCACCCAUCCUCCCCCCACCACGCCCUCCUCGCACCUCACCUCCACUCGGAGCACGUCUUCGGUUCCUCUCCCCACUGCUUGGCCUACCUGCCCAGCCUGUCCCAGCCCUCCGUGGUCAUGCUGUACAGGGCGUCCGACAAGCCGGACCAGCUGCCCGAAGGUCAGAAGUCGGAGGCUGCGGAGGGGAGGAAAAGAAGGAGGGAUGAAGAGGAGGAGGAGGAGGCGGUAGCGAAAAAGAAAGGAAAUCCAGGGUCGGAGGAAUGUUACAAGAUGAGAGCUGCUGAACCCCAACGGGAAGAAGCGGAGCGUUCGCACACAGGCGACCUCGGGACUUCUCCCUGUCGCCCAGCAGGCCUCUCCAGAGAGCAGGCUGCCGGCGACGGUGCAGGCGGCAACGGCAGCGGAGAGCACGCCCAGCCGGCACACUACCUCUAUGUGCCUAACAACGCAGGAGUAAACGGCCUGAACCUCCUCCUCUCAGCCGGACAGGCACCGGCCGGUCUAGCACUUUCUUCCACCUUGGCCCUGCCCUACGUUCUGGUGCCGUCCCACUAUCCCCUGGUGACCGGCAGUGUGCAGCAGCAAGGAUCGGACCCUCAAGCCAACCUGAGCUUUAACCUGCCUGCCUUGAUACCAUCAGCCCACUUCAUGGUGAGGCCGGCUCCUUACAGCGUGGCGGCGGCGGCGCCUGAUGUCGGCAGGUUGCCCACUGUGACACCGUCCACUCCUGAACAGAGCAGGGUCUACGGGUCAGCAGCCGGAGCGACACAUUCUCCCCCAGGGCCGCGGCAGAGCAUCAGCAUUAACACGCCAGAACCACUGACUCCGCAUACUCCCAAGGAACCUCCCGUGUCUUCUUCCAAGGCUUUCUUCCAGACUCCGGGAACUCUGGGAAGUGCGGUCAGCGCUGCUCUGGCUCCCAGAAAAAGAGGCUCAGCACAGAGGAGGCUGGACAUUGGCCACCCUCCAACAGCCAUCUGAAGAGAUGGAGACUCGUGUCAAACGUGCUGUCUUAACACUCAGGUGUUGGUCCUAGAGUGGGGAAAAAAAAAGUGGUUUCUUGAGUGAUUUAUUUUCGUACUAUUAAAUUAAAUGUAAAAGAAAAAAAAAAUACAUACACUUUAGCAAGGAGUGUUUGCUGAGGCCUAGAGUUAACGCUGUCCAGUCUCACAUUUUGUAGUAGCAAGUGUCAAAUUUUCAAAGGAGUUGUUCCGUUAUUGGUCGUUAUUGUUACUGGUUCACAUGUGCCUCAUGGUUAAAUUAUGGGACACGAGAUUUCAGAGUGACUGACUGAAGAAGUAUUGCCAAUGCAGCAGUGCCCUCCUGUGAUGGGAGUGGGUCACUGUCACCCCUUAAUGUUCCCUCCCAGAUAUGAUCAAGCUACCUAAUUCCCCACCAUUCGUGUAUUAUAGCCCAAUUGCUAUUUAUAUUUAAGUUAAUAUAUGUUGAUUACAGGGACUGUAAUGGAACAUCAAUUGUUUUUAUAUAUAUACACUAAGUAUAUUUUCAAAUGAAUAUUAAAUUUGGAAGUAAUUUCCCCCCCCGGAUUCAGUUCCAUUAUCAAGGUGUGAUAGGGAAUCUGUUUGCUGCUGAUCACCAAUUUGAGAUGACAGAAUAGGACAAUCCUCCCCUGGCUCAUUUCAGACAUUACUGUGAGAAAAAAAAUAAAUAAAUCACUAAAGCCUUAAAUGUUUACAGCCAACUAAGUAUGUGAAGGCACAGUUCUCUGGUUUCUUAGUGAAUUCAUUCACUCAACAGGACAAAGGACAUUAAUGGUGCUGUGUGUGUGUUUUUGCUGAGAACUGUGUUGCUUUAUGGUUAAACACCAAACCCUGGCGCUGUCACUUGUGACUAAAACGACAACGCUCUCAGGUACUUGAAUAUUAGCGACUGUGCUAGAAUUGGAUUUUGUGGAGAUGUCAGUGUACUGUAAAGUUUCUUUUCCUUUUACACAGGAAACGCAGACUGAGCUUACUGUAUAUUUAACGUUUUGUUUUUAAGCACCAUUCCACAUUCAUUCAGUCCGGUGCGACCACAGUGUGCUGUUUGGGGUCAAGUGCCUUGCUCGUAGGCACCUUGCAGGGAGGAGGGUGUUGUUGCCUUGAAACUGAUUUUCUCAGGUUGUCCAAGACUUUGCAUCAGCAACCUCGUAGUCCUAAUCUCUCAUGUUGGCUUAACCCAGCCAACGUCUCGGUGCUUUGUACAGGAAUCAUUCAGGAGAAUUUAGCUACGUCACGCCAAAGGGUGUACAGAUAAUCCCCUCUGACCGGAGGAUAUGUAGUUAUGAAUGUACAUUUUUACAUUGCAUUAUGUCAGCAUGUGUUGUCUUUACAUCAUAUUCUAUUCCAUGUUUGUCGUGCAGAACGUUGAAAGCUGCUUUCCUGUUUUUCUUGCAUCUUGUAUCUGCUCAAAACCUGUUGCUGUUCCUCCACUGUAGCUCUGCUCUCUGUAGUUCUGGAACCGACUCUUAUCUGUACGACUUCAAUUAAAGUUGUAAUGUACACACUA